CUCUCACAAUUCACUACCAACAUGGCGACAACUUUUAAAAUUGGAUAAGGAAAACAUUAUACACUUAAACAUAGAGCUGUAAAAGUUGAAAUAAAUCACUUGAUAUUUUAAAAGAUUUGAAUAAUUGGAUUAUUCAGUUGUGGAUAGACAGUCAAGUAAAUUAUGUCAGAGUAUGUGUUUAAAACGCUUAAUGACGAAGAAUAUAAAAAUUGGAUAAAGGCAGAAAUUGGUUUGCGCACUGUACAGACGGUAUUGUGCAAUAGAACGGAUACACCCUUAAAACGCCAGUAUGAACAAAUCUUGGAAGGCUAUGAAAGGCUAUUGGAAGUACAUGCCGAAAAAAAACCCGAUAAAUAUCAACAUAUCAAAAAUAAAGUCAUCGAAAAUCACUUGUUUAAGACUAAAAAUUGGCCAAAUUCUAAAUUAAAGAUGCAUCAAAAACCUGAUGCUGAAAGGUAUAAUCAUGUUGAAUUUGGAAAAUGUUUCAUUCGGACACCGGGAUACCUGGAAAAAAUGAACAUUUCUGAAAUUGAUUUUUCUGGCUUGAUACAUAUCCUUCUGUGUAAUUCAGGACUGCAUUGUAUUCUCGAGCAACCACCUGAAAGAGUAACUGUUGGCAAGAAGAAAGAUGAAAUUAAGCAACCGCAUGUUUUUGCACAGGCAUUAAAGGUGAGAAAUGAUAUACAUCAUUCUUCAAAAGGUCUCAGUACAGAGAAGUUGAAUGGGUAUAUUUUAGACUUAAUCGCUGUUCUAGAUAAUCUCAAACCGGACGAACUGGGUUGCACAAAAGUGCAAAUAGAAAGAGCAAAGAAACGCCUGAAGGAGUUGAAGAAAAUAGACUUUCAUGUAUCAACAACAGAAGAAAUUCAAUCUCUGGAUGACGCUAUCGCCUUUGUCAAAUCAGAAAUUGAACGACUGAAAAUAAGAGAAACGGAUAUGCUUAAUAAUAUUGAUGAUAUUCAAAAGAAAGUGGAUUCUCACGAAUCAAGACUAAAUGUUCAUGACCAGAGACUAAAUGCUCUUGAGAAUAUUCGUAAAGAGUCUGAGAAACUUGCAAUGACCAGGAAAGAUCUUAAUAAUCAGAAACAGAAAAAAGAGUUGCAACAACACCUUAUUGGCUUGUACAAUGACUGCUAUGUCAAAACCUCUCUCUGUCCAUUCGAUCAAAGAGACAAUGUAAUUAACAUUGCAGACAUAUAUGUCGAGCCAAAUAUUGAAGAAUCACAAAAAGUAUUUGGAAGAGAUAUAAAUCUAUCAGAUUUAUUAAGAAAGAAUCGCAGAGGCGCUAAAAGAGUUUUCGUGAUAGGUCAUGUUGGAAGCGGAAAAACGUCCCUUUGUCUGUUUUUCCUUCAAUCUUGGUGCAAUUCGGUAGCAGAAAACAGAGAUGAGUCAAAUACAAAAUCAAAUGAGUUUAAAAACAUUAUCAGAGAAAUGAGGAACUAUGAUUUUGUAUUUUAUUUACCAUUAUGGGCAGUUUCAGAAGAAAUCGACAACUAUCAAGAGAUGAUCAAGACAUACUACCAGGAGUUCAAUAUUGACAAUAUAAUAGAUGAAGUUUUCGAGAAAGACUCUCAUAAAUGUAUUUUACUAGCAGACGGACUUGAUGAAUGGAAACUCCCUCAAAGCAUUGAUUCUCGGCCAUUACAUUAUAUGUAUGGUUGUCCAGUAUUAAGCAGACUAUCACAAUCUACAGUCAUGGUAACUUCUCGACCAAAUGCUACUGGAAUUCUUCGUAUGCGUAAAAGUGAUAGAGAUUUAGAGGUGAAUCUUUUGGGUGUUACUUCAGUUGAGUAUAUGAUACAAAAGUACUGCGAAAAUCAUUAUUGUAAGGAAACAACAAAAACUGAUAUUUUAGAAAAGGUAAAAAAAUUGACAGAAGUGCAUAAAUUAAAAACGCCAAUGUUGCUUUCUUGUUUAGUAUGGAUGUUAACGAAUGGUUUCGAUAUUGAGCAGACGAAUGUGAGCGCAACCUAUAGUAGUAUCAUAAACAUCAUGUUCGAAUGGCAUAGUUCGAAAUUUGAAAGCAGCACACAUGUCGAGUGUGAUAAGAUUGCAAGUAUACAUUUACCUGAAAUGCUUGAAAAAUAUAAAAUAUCACAUGAAAACCGAUUGGCUAUCUCUAAUUUAAGUAGAAUAGCAUUUGACAUGGGCAAUGCACCUAUUUGUCAAACAGAUGUAGAAAGCUAUUGUUCAGGUGAUAAACUAACAUAUUUGCUUAAAACUGGAAUGCUACAUCACCAACAAAUGUUCUUUCCAAACAAAACUUUCCGCUUUUCAUUUAUACACACAUCGUUUCUUGAAUAUUUUGUUGCCUUGCACGUAGUCAUUAGCCAAAACGAAACACAUGAAGUACAAUGUGAAUUUUUUGAGCGUUGUACGAACGUAGCAAAUAUAUUAAGAUUAAGCAAUGUUUUCGUAUUUAUAUGUGGACUGGCCCCAAAGCUAAUUGAUUAUAUUUUCGAACAUAUAUAUAAAACUUUAUCACGUAAAUCGGAAACAUUUUUUGAAAUUCAAGAACAAUUUCAAAUACAGGAGCUGGUGAAGAAAUGCUUGUUAGAACAUAGUUUAAGCAGUAAAGUUGAACCUCAAGACAUUUUACAUUAUGCAUUGGUCGUAACCGGAGAAGAGGAUGAAUUUACAAACACCGCAAGGUUCAUAAAAAAUGUUGACAUUGAAAAAAUCAUGACUCUUUCUAUAGAAAACUGCAUUAUUUCAAAAAUGUCUGAAGAACUAACGAAGGCAUACUAUUUCUUAAUAGUUGAAGUAAUGCAAAAACCUGCAGUUCUGCAGCACAAUAUGAAUAUAAAUGGAAUAAGGGCAAAUAAACUUACCUCAUUAUCAAUUUGCAAAUGCGUAAUAUCGCAUGAUGAUUAUCUAGAACUCACAUCACUCGUUGAGCAAGCUGUUGCACUGGAAUCGCUGGAAUUAAAAUAUAUAAAAUGCGAAACAAAGCAUAACAAAUCUCACGAACGACAUAUCAUUGAUCUUAAAGAAAAUACCAAAAUAAAGAACUUGCUGUUAAUAGAUAAGAAAAAUGCAUUUACUUGCAAGAUAAAAAAUCUGAAAAACAGUCUUAAAAAAUGUGUUAUACUAUGUACGGAUCUUAUAGAAAUAGACUGCUUAAUACAGUGUCAAAAUUUGAAACACUUGAAUUUUGGAAGCUGUGAUGAAAGUUAUGGUGAAUAUAACAUACAUAUGAACGAGGUUUUGCGAUCCACUAACACACUAAAGACACUGCAUAUCAGAAAUAUGAAUUGCGUUGAUGUAUCCCCAGUGCCUAGAGGUUCGAUGAAUCAAUUGUGCGACAUCAGAAUGUACAAUUUAAAAAUGAGUUCCAAAAGUUUUGGAGAAUUUCUAGAUGGUAUUAUAUUAUGCCUUCAACAGCGCGUUGGUGAAGUACGCGUUAGGGUCGAUGCACGCUACAUAUCAUUUUUUACAGAGGAGGAAUUGCAGAAUUCAUUGCAAAUGAUUGCCGAACGAUCAGAUAAACUAGUAGCAGAAGAGCUAAAUAUCAGCAACGACAACACUUGUAUUGAUGUUAAAAUUAUAACAACAACCUGUUAGAACUUGAAAACAAAUGGACUUUAGGCAAAUGAAUGCAGAUCAACACGGAAAGGCGACAGUCAAUGAAUGCAUCCCCAAACAAAUUCCAACAACACAAAACUACCGGAACAUAGCAGGGCACCGGACAAAACAGGAGAGAACAAAACAACGAGGCAACAAAGAGGCAUUAUUGUUAACAAUUUAAUUUAAUAUAUCAUAUUGAAGAAAACCAAUAUAGAAAUUGUUGUGUAAUAUGAUAUACUCUCUAGUCACGUGGGUUUAACUCGGUGUAGAUUUGUCUCUCUGAUAACAGUUUGAUAGAAUGCUUUUAUAUGUAAACAUAUGCUCUAGCUAGUACUUAGAAUAAAACUUAUAUAUAUUUAACAGUGUUAUGGUUAUAACUGACCAUCGGUCAUUCAGACAAUAGU